CCAUAUUAAAUCAAGUCACAGACGUGAAUGGAUGCUGCCCAGAUGGCGCGUGUGCUGGACGCACUGGACGAUGACAUCUCACUCCUCCACAAUACAGUGCACGAUUUGGAAGAUAGGACGCUCCGAGCGAUCUCUUUUCAGCUGAAGGGUUACGAAGACUUCCGGUUCUUCUUCCUGGCCUUCAAUUUUGCCCUGGCGCCCGUCCUACUAGCCGCUGUUCUCUGCUACUUGUUACAGCAACAAUUUUUUGCUGAUGAAAGCGCUGCAAAGAUGACGCUACAUUCCCUAGUUCUGUUUCUGAUGUUUCUGUCCGCUACCCUAGGAAUCCCCAUGUACUUGGGAGCUCUGUGGGCCAUCUAUCACUUCAGCGCGCCUCACAAUGAAGUUAUGGACGAGCUUUUCAGAUCAUUUGUUGAGAUCGACGAGUUAGCCCCUGACUCGGAUGAGAUCAGCCGAAGGGACUCAUCUGCCACCUUGAAUCAUGAGUCACACCACCAGUCUUUUGAGGAGAUCCCGCCUGCUCUGUCUUCAUAGCAUUUUUAAUCAGUGGUGAUUGCAGCUGUAUCAGCUUCAACAAAUACUACUACUGAAUCGAGUGAUGCAUCUUGCCUUAUGUAAACUGUCAGCCUCAUAAAUAUGAAUUUUCAGCCAGAAAAAAAAUAACAUCCCAAACAAUUUUUUUUUCAGAUGAAACAAAAUAAAAAAUAAAAAUUCCUAUUAUUUUCUAAA